UAAAUGUAAAGAAAAAAGAUUCCAAUAUUGGUGAGGUGGAAGCAUCCACUUUUGGUUCUGGGUACCUAUCUCUUCUCUUUUCCCUCUACAAAACUUAUUCCUCUCUCAACCCUCUUCACUUCAUACUUCAUUUCCCAUUUUUAUCACCAAAAUGUCUGACCCAGCCUCCAAACCCAGCGGAAACGGCGCGGCCGCCACUAACGGCAAUCCCGGACCCGUCAAGUCUCAACUCUACAACCCCAACCGUCAAGUUUACCGCCCGCAAUCACACUACCACCGUCGCGGCCAACGCUCCCACCGUAACCUCUGCUGCUGCUGCUGCUUCUGGACCAUCCUCACCCUCCUCGCGGUGGCCCUCCUCGCUGCCAUUGUCGGCGCCGCACUCUACGUACUCUACCGCCCUCACCGUCCCGAAUUCUCCGUCACAAACCUCCGCAUUGCAAAGAUGAACCUCACAACCUCCGCGGACUCACCUUCACACCUCACUACGCUCUUCAACCUCACUCUCAUCGCCAAGAACCCUAACAACCACCUCGUCUUCUUCUACGACCCGUUCUCCGUGACGGUGCUCUCGAACUCUGUCCCCGUUGGGAACGGUUCCGUUACGGCGUUUACCUCCGACAAGAACAACCAAACGAGCCUCCGCGCGGUGCUGUCGGGGUCGCAAGAUCUGGACACGGACUCGUUGACUAGCCUGAGAUCGGGGCUGAAGAUGAAGAGAGGGUUCCCCGUUGAGAUUCAGAUGGACACCAAGGUGAAGAUGAAGAUGGAUUGGCUCAAGAGCAAGAAAGUCGGAAUUAGAGUCACCUGCGACGGAAUCAGAGGAACCGUUCCCUCCGGCAAAACUCCGGCGGUGGCCUCCGUCGUCGACUCCGAGUGUAAGGUGGAUCUUCGAAUCAAGAUCUGGAAGUUCUCCUUUUAAUAAUAAUUAAUGUCUUUUUUGAUUGAUUGAUUGAUUGUUAUAAUCAUUGCGAAAAUUCGUUAUUAUCUAUCGACAUCAAUUUCAAUAAUCAAUCCAAUAAUCCAUCGAUCCCUUUUCUCUUUUUUUUUUUUAGUUUUUGUUUUCAUAAUUGCCUUGGGGGAUGGAUUGAUUAUGGUUACUUACUUUUCAUGAAACGUGCACAAGGUCAAAUUUGUAUGGGGAAAUGAAUUUUGAGCUUGUAAUAUGAGAUUUAGGGCAGAAAGAAGGCCCUGAAUGUAGUUUUUGUAUUUUUUAAAAAAAAUUAAAUUUGUCAUUGUAGUUUGGUGAUGUAAUUUGUUUCAAAGUUCUUAUAGUAAUGCAAUGCAAUGCAACUGAAAAUUA